AUGUCCGCCUCUCUCGCCAAGCAUGCCGAAAGCUUUGAUCUCUGUUCCCUUUGGCCUGGUUUUGGGGACCGCAGAGUGUGGGUGAAAAAGGAGCUUGGCGACUUUUUUCAGAGUCCGGGGUUUUUGCGCCCAUGUGAUAGUCAAGACACUUUGAUACUUCGGAAUCUGGCGCUCGUGUUUCGGUGCCUAUACUGGUUUGUUAAUGUUCGGGGUAGCGAGAGCACAAGUAUUCAAAGGUGGUUGCCCAUGCACUGGGCAACCCGCGCCUCUAUGCAGGUUUGA